GAGGCGGGACCAACAAGAUCCCUCAGACCCUGAAUUCCAUCCCGCCGGCGCUCGCGCGAGGCUCUGAUGCUCCACCACCUCUCCCCCAGCAUGCGCGCUGCGCGUGAUGUUACCGCCGCCUUACCCGACUGGCUGCGAACAUCUAUAAAAACCCAGCGAACUUCGACCUUUGAUUCCUCAGCUCCUCAGCUACUUCUCCCUCUCCCAACCCACCCACACCACCCAAGUCACCCGACUUGACCGACACUCUCUUACCCCCGCACUCAUUACCGAUACCGACCAUGUUCUCGUUCAAGAAGAUCUCCUUCGCGGCCACCGUUGCCCUCGCCUCGUACGUCUCUGCGGGCCCCAUCCCCCUGCCGGGCUUUGCUGCUGCGCCUAACGCGGCUGCCGCUGCCUCUGGCGCGACCUCCUCGGCCGUCGCCGCUGCCUCGGGCGUCUCCUCGUCCGCGUCUGCUAUCGCCUCGACCCAGGCGGCUGCUGUCUCCAGCUCCGUCGUCGCGGCGACCAGCUCGGCUGCGGCUGCUGCGCCUUCCGUGCGCGCGCUCGUUGAUGCCAAGGCCGAUGUCGAUGCCGAUGUCGAGCUCCGUGACCUCCUCGACCUGGAUGCGGACGCGGACGUCGACGCCAAGGUUGGCCGCGACAUCCUCGAUCUCGAGGCGGCCGUGGACGCCGAUGUUGAGGUUCGCGGCCAGCAGACCCUCAUCGCCCUCGUCGACCAGGCUGUCGUUGACUUGACCGAGACCGCUCAGGCUCUCCUGUUCCUCCAGCCCGCGAACGCGACUGAGCAGGCCGUGUCUGACCUUCUCAACGAUGUCAAGUCCGUCCUUGGCAAGCUCCUCUCCGACGUCAAGGGCCUCACUGGCCUCGACACCUCCGGCCUGCUUGGCGAUGUCACCGACGUCAGCGCCGUUGGCAAGACCGUCGCUGACCUCCUCAAGCUCGUCUUCACUGCUCUCGGCGGUGUCCUCAACGUCCUCAACAACGCCCCGGCCGACACCAUCUCCAAGCUCCUCCAGGACAUCGCCGGCAUCGUCGCUGAGCUCCUGAAGACCGUCUUCGGCCUCGUUGAUGGUGUCCUCGGCCUCGUCGGUGGUCUGCUCGGUGUUGUUGUCGGCCUCAUCGGCGACAUCACCCCGAUCAUCCUCCAGCUUAACGUGACGGCCCUUGUUCAGGUCCUCGCGCUCUAAGCGACAUGGUCCCUCUAGAAUUUCAAUGAAAUCUACCCUGCCACUGUAUCAUACCGUCAUUCGCUACUACUGCUUUCGACUACUUUCCCCUCCUGAUGCAUUUGUACACCCUACAUAAUGCUAAUAUUCCCUUACUGAACGCGUUCAAUUGCACAUACACUUGAUUGCCUGUCCUUGCCUUGUGAACCUGGUUUCUUCGUCGUCUGCAAGGUUCGUAGUGCUAUCGCUUGAAGUUGCUCUCCGGAGUCUCUUGCUUUUCCUGGCGCUUUCUG